CUAAACUUCUUGUUCCAAGCAACAACAACAAAGCUUCUCGUCUUUCAAUGGCUGAAUUCAAUUCUCUUGAAAUGAAGAGAAUAAGGAAAGAAGAUGAGGGAUUUGCCAUAGGAGUCGACCUUGGUACAACCUACUCGUGCGUUGCAGUGUGGCAGGAGCAACUCAAUAGAGUAGAAAUAAUCCACAACCAACAAGGCAACAAAACCACACCUUCUGUUGUUGCAUUCACAGACAAACAGAGAUUGAUCGGUGAUGCUGCUAAAUAUCAAGCUGCCAUCAACCCAGAAAACACCAUCUUUGAUGCUAAGAGGUUAAUCGGUAGAAAAUACAGUGACCCCAUUAUUCAGAAAGAUAAAAUGCUAUGGCCAUUCAAGGUCGUUGACGGUGUUAAUGACAAACCCAUGAUGGUGGUUAAGUACAAGGAUCAGGAGAAGUUUCUUUGUGCUGAGGAAGUGUCAUCUAUGAUCCUUGUGAAGAUGAGGGAGAUUGCAGAGGCUUAUUUGGAAGCACCUGUGAAGAAUGCUGUGGUUACUGUUCCUGCUUAUUUCAAUGAUUCUCAGCGAAAAGCUACCGUAGAUGCUGCUGCCAUUGCUGGUCUCAAUGUUAUGCGGAUUAUAAAUGAACCUACAGCUGCAGCUAUUGCACAUGGCCUUGACAAGAGAACUAACUGUGUUGGAGAACGAAGCAUUUUCAUCUUUGACCUUGGUGGUGGUACUUUUGAUGUGUCUAUCCUCAAAAUUAAGGACAAGGUCUUCCAUGUUAAAGCCACUGCGGGAAACACUCACCUUGGAGGAGAGGACUUUGACAACAGAAUGGUGAAUUACUUUGUGGAGGAGUUCAAAAGGAAGAACAAAGUGGACAUUAGUGGGAACCCGAGAGCCUUAAGAAGGUUGAGAAGUGCAUGCCAAAGGGCAAAGAAGAUACUCUCUUAUGAUGUUACUGCCAACAUUGAGGUAGAUGCUUUAUUUCAAGGUACUGAUUUCUGCUCUUCAAUUAGUCGUGCAAAGUUUGAGGAAAUCAAUAUGGAUCUCUUUAAAGAGUGUUUGGAGACAGUAGACAAGUGUCUUACUUAUGCUGAUAUGGACAAGGGUGAUAUAGAUGAUGUAGUACUGGUUGGUGGUUCUUCCAGGAUUCCCAAAGUGCAGGAGCUACUGCAGGAUUUCUUCGAGGGAAAGGGUCUGUGCAAGAGCAUAAACCCUGAUGAGGCUGUAGCUUAUGGUGCAGCUGUGCAAGCUGCUUUGUUGAGUGAAGGCAUUAAGAAUAUUCCAAACUUGGUGUUAUUGGAUGUUACACCACUGUCACUUGGUAUUUCUACACUAGGAGAUAUCAUGAGUGUGGUGAUUCCUAAGAACACUACCAUUCCUGUAAAGAAGACACGACCAUACAUAACACCUGAAGAUAAUGUGUCCCAUGUCGGUAUUAGUGUUUAUGAGGGUGAGAGAAAAAGAGCCAGCGAUAACAAUUUGUUGGGUUUCUUUAAGCUUUAUGGCUUUCCUCCAGCUCCUCGGGGCCAUCCUCUUUAUGUGUGUUUUGACAUAGAUGAAAAUGGUAUCUUAACCGUUUCUGCUGAGGAAAAAACCACUGGCAACAAGAACGAGAUUACUAUAACUAAUGAUCAAGGAAGAUUGUCAGCAAAAGAAAUUAGAAGAAUGAUUGAAGAGGCAAAGAAAUAUCAGGAUGAAGAUAAGAAGUUCCUUAAGAAGGCCAAGUUAAUAAAUUCCUUGGAUAAAUAUGUUUACAAGAUAAGGAAUGCUUUGAAGGAGAAGGAUAUCAAUUCUGCAAUUAGUAGGGCCACAGAUUUGCUUGAUGGUGAUAACCAGCAAGAUGAUAUUGUUAUGUAUGAGGGUUGUCUGAAAGAACUUAAGAGCCUCUUUGAAACACUCGAGGCCAUGGGCAAGAUUGGUUAGUUGUCUUCUGUGUGCAACUUUUUUGUGGCAUUAUAUAUAUAACUUGCCAUUUUUUGUAUGUGAUAAAGGCAAACUUUUAUGAUCAAUGUUAUCUUAAAAUAGUUCAAGUUUGAUGAUAACUUUGUACUGGAAAUGUAAUUUGAAUGUUGUUGUGGCUUACUUGGCCCCCAACACUUGAAUAUAGAUUAUUAGUUUUGCAUAGUA